AUGGCUGAAGCCCAGCUGUUUGUUUCACAGGACGAGUUCACCUGCUCGGUGUGUCUGGACACCCUGACUGACCCUGUCACCAUUCUCUGUGGUCACAGUUUCUGCCUGAAGUGCUUAACCAGCUACUGGGAUCAGAGCCAAGAGUGCAGCUGUCCUCAGUGCAGACACACCUUCACCACAAGGCCUGAGCUGAACAGAAACACACUGCUGAAUGAAGUCAUUAAGAAAUUUAAGAAGACGACACUCAGUCCUGCUCCAUCUCAGAAUUAUGCUGGCCCUGGAGAUGUGGAGUGUGACUUUUGUACUGGGAAGAAGUUCAGAGCAGUGAAGUCCUGUCUCACCUGCCCGGCCUCCUACUGUCAGACUCACCUGCAGCCUCACUAUGAAGGAGCGGCCCUGAAGCACCACAAGCUGGUUGCUCCUGAUAGAAAUCUGAAUUAAGAAACUCUGUGAGAAACACCAGGAAAGUCUGGAGAUGUUUUGUAAAACUGAUGAGAUGUAUAUCUGCAUGAUGUGUGGAAUGACUAAACAUGAUGGUCAUGAAAAGGUCG